GUGGGUCCGGACCAGCUGGAGGAGACACCGAGCGGCUCCAGUUCGUCUUCUUUCUUGAAGUGUUUUGUUUCGGAUGUUAUUUAAUGUGACACCGAAACAAGAGAAAGUUCGUCCGUAGCAGAAAAGUUCCGCCCAACUCACCAAGUCAGCGAUUAGUUUUAUUUCUUGAACCCAUGGCGCCUGAAGGAAACGGUAUGUCAGACGAGAGGAUCGGGACAGCCCUGAUCAAACAGGUCAUAGAGGAGGAGCUGAAGGAUGUGCCCUCGGAGGACGUUCCCGACCUCGAUCCGCUGGCUGUGAAGAACGAGCAGGAGCAGAAGAUGGUGAACCAGCUGGGCAAAAUGAUCCGCAUCAUCGGUGACAGGAUGAAGGACGACCAGGAGUUCCAAGACGCGAUAGACGGCGUGGCCUGUGGCUCUGGCUCCAAGUCGGACAGAUUCAUGCAGGUGGCAGACAAAGUGAUCGAGCAGGGCAUCACCUGGGAGAGGAUCGCCGUGCUCUUCUACGUGGCCGGCAAGCUGGCUGUCAAGAUGGUGCAGUCUCACCUCCCCCAGACGGUGAAGGAGAUCCUGAAGUGGACUGUGGACUUCUUCAGGAAAAAGCUCCUGGGCUGGAUCCGGGACCACGGAGGAUGGAUCAACAGCUUCUCAGAGCUGGCCGUGGCGUCAGUGCAGCGCGUGUCCUCCUUCAGCUCCCACAGCUACGGCCUGAUCAUCAUCUUCAUCUCCGGCUUGGCUUUGGGCAGCUUCAUCACCUGGAGGUUGACCAGACAUCCCUGAGGCUGGCGCACACACACACACACACACACACACACACGCACACACACACACGCUCCAGACUGGGUCGCUGUGGUGCUGACCACCAGAUGAGUCCAGUGUUUACCAGCAGCUCGCUCUAAAUCAUUCAUACUAUCCAGGGCUAUCAUGUGACGACGACAUGUGGAGCAGAGUCAGCAUGUUGCCGUUAAACGGUUUCCAUAAGAGGAGGGUUCUUGUAAAUACCCGGCCGACCCGCUCCAGUGCUCUGCUUCACUACCUUCCAUAUGUUACCUAUGCAAUCAUGAGAUGUUAAGGCAGCGUACAGGCUGUGUCCUGGGCUGCCGUCAGACGGAGGAAUCAUGGAGAGACGAUCCACCACUGGCAGUGUGAGCUGCAUGAAGGCCUCUGGUUUCACCGCGGUUAACACGCAGCAGCAGCAGCAGCAGCAGCAGCAGCGCCACUCCGGUCUGGCCAGCUUCAUGCAUCACCGCAGGGAUUCCUUCAGCUGAUCGCUUCUCGUUCCUGAAUGCUGGUGCGACCCAGUGAUCCGGUGUCAUCAGGUUACCGGUCUGCAGCUGAGGGAACCCUUAGAGGAACCAAAGCAGGCGAUGGAUCGCUAUGGCGAGACGCCUGCCGUAGAGUUAGCUUAGCUACGAUCCAGAAAAAUGCUGCAUGUGCUCGCUUUGUUUGUUGGUCCGGUUGGUGUGAAGCCACAUCAGUCAUCAGUCGUUGCUCGUUAAUGGCCAGUAACUGAAUGCGUUCUGUUCAGUGUUCUGUUUCCUUUGUUGUCUCUACUGGACCACAAACAUUUACUGUCACAUCUCUGACUGUUAACCUGAGAGAUGGACCCUGACUGGACUCGUUAGCAUAACGAGGAAGCCCAGCAUUACAGUACCAGUACUCAGAAUAAUCUUAUUUUAGUCUAUAGAGACUCGUCUUUUCAGGAAUCUGGUCGGGGACACGGCAGCUGAUCCGGCUGGUUAGAAACCAGAACACAAGCUAUCGUAUCACAUUUAGAUGUCAUGUGUAGGCAGAGGGAGGGAACAGUUCCUCCUGCCGAGCUCCGUGCAUCAGACAGAAACUGUAUUUUAAUUUAAUUCACCUCGUUCCAAAUGAACCUCUCCAGUCUUAAUGGAGAUUCUUUUAUCAUGAACAAAUCAGGGACAGAUUAGUGAACCUGCUGCUGCCAGUGAAAUCUCAAACGGUGAUCUCGUGAACACGUACCGCCAUGAAACCAGAGGCUGAACCUGCAGACUGGACACUAGCUGGUAGUUGGCUUUGCCAGGUGUCGUUGGUUUAAACCUGGCAGGUGUUGGAGGAUGAUCUCCUGAUGUAACGUGUUGCACUGUUUACAGUCACAGAGGUCUUUACAGCGUAUUUGCACAUCAUUGUGUUGUGAGCAUUAUGGACUCGUUCUGAAGGAGACGUAGCUGAUGUCUGUAAAGUUUAGGAAGUCGAUCAGUGUUGGAUCAUACAAACCUCAGCGGGAUAGAAGCUGUCGGCACCAACUCAGGUUCAUAAACAUCAUCAGGCUGCUUAAUGUCUGAGAGCUGUGACAGCAGCUCCUGAUGUCCAGGAUGCUCCUGAUGUCCAGGAGGCUCCUGAUGUCCAGCAGCAGCUCCUGGACAUGAGGCUGAGUGAAGAGAAGCAGCCGGUUCAGCGACAGGCUUCAUUUCCCAACCAGCUCUGACAUUUGUGCUUCAUCAGCCACAUUAGAGACGAGACAUGUGGCUUCUAUGAGUUUUAAGGUGUUUUGCCUUCAUUUAAAUCUGAAUAUUGGCCUAUUAUCAGUACGUGAUUUAUGUUUUAAUAUUCUUAAAUGUUUUUUUCAUCGGUACCAACACUCAGCGCUCUGGUGACCCUCUGAGGUCCCUGCACUGAUCACAUCGGUACCAACACUCCACCCUGUUGCUCCUCAUCCUCAUUUCAUCCCAAUUAGUCAUUUUAUACCGUUUGUCAGUUAAAAACAGCUGAUUAAAAACCGUUUCCUGUUGUGCCUUAAAUGUUGAACAUCUUCAGGGAGAAACCCAACAGCUCCAGGACUUUCUGCACUAAUGACUGACUGAGUGAACAUUUACAGAGAGGAGCUUCUCUGACUUGACCCGGUCCAGCUGUGGGCUUUUGGACCCGAUUCAGGACCAAAGUUUACUGUUUACAUUUACAUCUUGUGCAGAGUGUGAGAGUCGCCGAUGUGCUGCUGGUGUGUGUUCUGGGGAAUAUUUAUUAGGAGGUCUUGAGCUUCCAGAACCAGGAGUGGUUGGUACCAGUGGGUUUGAUUGGAGCUUUAUCACCAGAAAACAAAGUGAAAUCUGUAAUUGACUGCAUGUCAACGCACUGUUUUGUAUUGAACUCUGAUCAUUGUUGACUGUCAUACUCUUAUAGUUAAUAUAAGAAAGAAUAAAGGCUCUUUUCAUA